AUGAGCAACAAGAAAGCCAAGAACCAGCUGAGCAAGGCUGCGCAGCGGGCCAAGCAAAACGCGCGGGCAGCGGCCAAAGCAGAAAUUUUGCUUCCAGAGCAAGCAGGCUUCCUCGAAGCUGAAGGCUUGGAACGAACGUACAAGUUCACGCAGAGCGCUAUCAGCGAAGCCGUUGACGAAACCAGUGCUCACAAGAUUUUCAGUCUGAAUUUGAAUACCUUCGGGCCCUAUGCACUACGAUACAGCAACAACGGCCGACACCUUCUUCUCGGCGGCCGCAAGGGCCACAUUGGCAGUUUUGACUGGCAAACGGGUGGCCUCCGUUGCGAGAUGCAACUACAGGAGACGGUGCGCGACGUUCAGUUUCUGCACAACGAGACCAUGUUUGCCGUGGCCCAGAAGCGGCACGUAUAUCUGUACAACUCCCGUGGCGAAGAAAUCAAUUAUCUGGACAAGCACAUCGACCCUCUUCGCCUCGAAUUUCUUCCAUACCAUUUUUUGCUCGUGUCCAGCAGCAACAGUGGGCUUCUACGCUACCACGAUGUGUCGGUGGGCUCCCUGGUCACGCAGCUCAAGACGAAGCUCGGUCCCUGUCACGUCAUGCGCCAGAAUCGCUGGAACGCCGUCAUGCAUUGCGGUCACACAAACGGAACCGUCACCCUGUGGACACCCAACAUGUCUACGCCAGUCGUUAAGCAACUGUGCCACAAGGGAGCUGUCGCAGCCUUGACAGUCGAGCCAACGGGCCACUACAUGGCCACGGCCGGUGCCGACUGCAUGCUCAAGAUUUGGGACAUUCGCAAGUUCAAGGACGAGCCUGUCUUUUCCACUCGCCUGCCGACAGCACCCAGUGAUUUGGAUUACAGUCAACGUGGGCUGUUGGGUGUGAGCUUUGGCAGCAGUGCCCAGGUGUGGAGCACGCCGCACAAAACGCCGGCAACCAUGCCUUACAUGACGCACAAUACGCCCGGCAGUCCCAUCCAUCAGCUGCGCUUCUGUCCAUACGAGGACGUGCUGGGCAUUGGGCAUGCCAAGGGCUUUGCUUCCAUCUUGGUGCCCGGUGCGGGCGAGCCGAACUUUGACAGCUUGGAGGCCAACCCCUAUCAGACUGGCAAGCAACGCAGCGAGAGCGAAGUCAAGCAAUUGCUCGACAAGAUCCCGCAUCAUCUGAUUGCGCUGGACCCACACGCCAUCCUUGAGUUGGACAAGCGCUCCCAUGAGCAGCGCGUGCAAGACCGGGGUGGUUUGGUCCAAGAAAAGUUUGAUCCCAAGCACCGCAAGCGUGGCCGCAGCUCCACCAAGAAUCGUUACCUCCGCAAGCAAGGCCAGGUCAUGGUGGAGCGUCGCCAGGCUAUUCGCGAUCGCUUGAAGAAGGAAAAGGCUGCCGCUGCAGGGGCCAACGACGCUGCAGCUUCGGGCACCGGUUAG